AUAUUCAUAUUUAAUUAGAAAUUAAUUAGAAAAACUGAAGAAGUAGUAAUUUUCUUUCAGUUAUUUGAAGAAGUAGUAUUUUCCUAAUUAAAUGUCUAUAAUUAAAUUUUAAUUUUAAAACUGUACAUCGCACAAGGUUACCCUAGUGUAAAAUAAAUUUCUAGUGUUUCACAAAAAAAAAAAAAUAAAAAAAAAUCGAGUUGGGUAAUCCGUAUUACGAGUAUUAGAUUACGGAGUCGGAGUAGUUCCUUAACUUGGGUGUUCUUGUUCGAGCAGUCCUAGUUUCUCCGGCGGCAUCAUCUACCAUCUAUUUGCAGCAACCCGACUAACCAUUCAAUUUCCCAACUUCAAAUCCCCAAAUCCUCCCUUCUAAAUUUUUUGAGGUCUUUCUUAUAUUGUCUGUCAAGUAAAGCUGCAAGUUCAUAGCAUGUGAAAGAAUAGCAAGGCCAGAAUUUUUGUGCAGUGAGUAUGAUAUAUAUGAAUAGAGUCUCAUCAAUCCAUAAGGUGGUAAAUUCUUCAUUCACAAGUAGUCAACCCAGAUCUAAGCUCCAAGAUCUGCUCAGACCACCUAAAGCAAAUCAAACGCUUAAAAAAUAUCUCGAGUCACAUUCUGCUACAAGAGCUAUAGUAUUCUUCAGAGAACUUUGGAGGCAAAAUCCAUCUGCUGUGGACAGCUACUCAUCUUUGUAUGUUGUCAAGGCUUGUACUCAAGAGUCCUUAAUAGUUGAGGGACGUCAAUUGCACGCCACCGUCAAGAAAGUGGGCUUUGAAUCUGUGAUAUAUCUCCAGACAUGUUUGAUAGAAUUGUAUUCAAAGAUGGGGGAUGUUGGUUGUUCUCAUCGUAUAUUUGAUGAAGUAUGCUGCAAAAAUGCAAUCUGCUGGACUUCUUUGAUUACUGCAUACAUCGAUAACAACAUGGCUAGUGAAGCCCUUGCAAUAUUCAAGCAGAUGGUGAUAAGCAAAUUUGAGCCCGAUCAAGUUACACUGACUGUUGCUCUAGCUUCAUGUGCAGAUCUUGGUGCAUUGUCCAUAGGAGAGCAAAUUCAUGCUUAUACUUAUCGUAAACAUGGGCUCAAAAUUGAUCUCUGUCUCUAUAAUGCUCUCAUUGAUAUGUAUGUCAAGUGUGGACAGAUAAGAGCUGCACGCAGAUUAUUUUGCAUCUCUGGGAAAAAAGAUGUAUUUACAUGGACUUCUAUGAUUGUUGGGCAUGCACUACAUGGGCAGUCUCUUGAGGCUCUUGGUAUGUUUGCACGAAUGAAACAAAUUAGAAGUUCUGACAAGGGCAGCAAAUCAUUUGUGCUUCCCAACGAUGUUACUUUCUUGGGAGUUCUUAUGGCUUGUAGUCAUGGUGGGAUGGUAAUGGAAGGUAAGCAGUAUUUCAAAAGCAUGAUGGAAGACUAUGGGCUAUGGCCAAGGCUAGCUCAUCUUGGCUGCAUGGUAGACCUUUUUUGCAGAGCUGGGCUCUUGGAGGAGGCUUAUGAUUUUAUAUCGGGAACGCUAGUUCAGCCAAAUGCACUGAUGUGGAGGAUUUUGCUAGGAGCAUGUUGUAAUCAUGGUAAUAUUGAGCUUGGUGCAAAGGUUCGGUUGCAGCUAUUGAACUUGGAUCCAACACAUGUUGGUGAUGAUGUUACCUUGUCAAACAUGUAUGCUGGAAGGGGGCUUUGGUAUGAAAAAAUGAUGGUAAGGGAUCGCAUAGAGUGUCGCCGGGUGCCUGGCUGCAGUUCAGUUGAGGUGGCAAGUGAGGUGAAUGAGUUUGUUGCCGGAGACACUCACCAUCCCCUGAAAGCCGAGAUAUAUAAUGUCCUUGAACACUUGAUGGGAAUAGUCAGAAGUUCUGAUCAUAUUCCAGAUCCAUCCGACAUCAGUAACUAUUGUAAAAUACAAAACAUUUAUCAUCAAACAAUGACACUAUGAAAGUAUGGGAAAAUGGACGAAUGUUUAAACUGUUUUCAUUUUGCCCUUCUUUGUGUGGAUGCUGAUAUCUUGGCCUAAAGUGCAUGACCUCCAGGUCCUCAACAGGGCAACAUUAUUCUGCUUUCCUCUUGGUAACGGUACAGUGUGGUGUCACAUAUUGGAUAUGAGUCAUAUGAGUCGUGGUCAGAUCAUUCUUGCAGCGUUACAAUUUUCAUUAUUCUCAACCACUACUUCAAAUUGUCAGAACCUCCUUCCCUGACAACUUGCUUUUUGCUUAAUAAUAGCUUCGACUGCCAAGUCUGCCAUCAUGAGCUCUCAUGGCAGAACUUGAACAGUUUUUCAAGAAGGCAUUAAGUUUUAAUAGGAUUAAUGCUGGGUGCUACACUGCUACUAUGUACUAUGACCUUUCACGGCAAGGUCUUGUGUGACUUCAUUUAGAAAAAGGUGAAAAUUUCUUACUCUCCCUGUCUUGUGAAAGUGUCUUUUUAUGUUUUAUUUUGAUGUCCUCUUUAUUUGUCUUAUUUCUGUAAAUGUGAUGGCCUUUUCCUGAUCCCAUCAUGCUAUUAACAUUAUUGAUCAAAUUCCCUAUUAAUUACUUUGUACUAGUUAAUACAAAGGCAACUGUAAAUUUUUUACUUGAAAUGCUGUUUUAGCAUAAAUUUUGUUUCAGUGCUGAUUUCAUAAGUUAUAACGUCUAUGGAUUGCCAUAUUGUAUAUUCAGCGGGUUCUGUGAGUGUAUAGCACUGUGUUCUGUAGAUUAUGUUGCGGUUGUUUGUAAGGAUGGCGCACUCUUAAUCGUCUUAAACAGCUGCUCCUAGGAGUGUAGCGGUUGAAGCAUACAUAAAAGAUAACCAGUCAUCUCCUUUUUUCUGCCCCUGGCAUUAGCUGUCUUGGGCUUCUUUCUUUUCACCCAAAAAUAACUUAUUGGAAUUUCUUAUUGGAUGCUGUUUGAAUUUAUUGGAACUUAUCUGAAUUGUAGCCGUGAAAUGAAGUUGGGUAGCCUGUAUUUGGGCCAUGCUUGGCAAUUGGAAGUACUUUAUAUAACUUAUUUGUUGUAAGGUGUAAAGAACAAAGCCUUUGAGUUGAUUUUUUAUUUUCCUUCAAAAAUGCUAUGAUAUUAGGAAACUUUCCUAUGUCUUUGACUAACAAAGCUUUUGAUGGCCAUAUCACCAUAGUACAAGGUUUAUACUGUAGCCAUUUGUAAGGUUUAUUCUUUGUAUUGUUUCACAAUUCUAGAGUCUUGCACUUAUCUAAUCAUAGUCUACAGAAACUAAGUUGCAAAAUGUAAUACUAAUCAAACCCGGAAAACAAUAUCCUUCGACUUUCUAUCAGUUGUCUAAUAGAUGUAUGUUGAUUAUGGAACUAUUAAUUAGGAAAAAAACUCCCCCCCCCCCUCCAUGUUCAGCUACCAACAGUUGUGUAUUACAAUUACUAUAAGGUCUGUAACACAAGGUUGCAUAACCUCCAUAUUUUGUGCAUUCCUUGAAGUAGGUGGUCCUUGUGAGAGUUAUGACACAUAAUUGGGUUUCAACUACUUCCAUUGCCCUUUUUCUACAUCCAGUUUCUGUCUUCAUUCUUGCUUUUUACCUUUACUUACCAGCUUCUGUCAUAAUGUGAGAACAGAAUUUGAUAUGCAUGCAAUUGCUAGUAGAUUAAGAUUCUAGGUGUACUUUACUGCUACCAGGGGGGGGGGGGGGUGUUCUUUUUACUUGAAUUUGUCUUAUCUGAGUUUAUAUGAAUUUAUUGCAUUUGUUAACUUGAAUUUCUGUGGUCCUAAUUAUUGAAAACUUACGGAAAAUUUUCCGUGGUUAUU